GGUUUAGAAUAGUAUGAUUGCCCAUCAAGGGAGGGAAUGUGUAAAUACUUUGGAUGACAGCUGCUGUCAAAACAGAAAAAGAAUGCCUCGAAAUUCAGUAUUCAGGUGACAACAUCCAAUUUUUCAUGAGCAGUUUGAUGAAAUAUAAGUAAUUCGGUGACGAUUCGUUGUCGGUAUUGUGAUCAGGUUGAUUGGUUCAAGUCUCGGUUGUCAAACGGUAGGAUUUAGUACAUGGUGAUGUACAACUAUCCAAAAUGAAAGACAGACAAAGACAAGGAUUGUAAGCAUUUGACAGUUAACAAAUGGAGUCAGCACCCCUUUCAAUGGUCUACAGAAGUGAAAAACAGCUUCCAAAAUUAAAUUUGGCCUUCCAGGAGUUCUAUGAGCAUGAGGAGUUCUGUGACAUCACCCUAGUAGCCACUACAAAGCGGUUCCGAGCCCACAGGGUGAUCCUAGCUGCCUUCAGUCCAUACUUCUAUCAAGCUUUCUCUCAACAGAACAGCUAUCUUUCUGAGUUUAGCUGCCAUCGCUUCGAUGAAGGCAGCCUAAAAUGUCUGUUAGAUUUCUGUUACUCAGGUGUGAUUACUGUCAACUCGGUGUCAGCAGAGAAGCUCCUGUCAGUUGCUACAGUCUUACAAAUCAAAGAAGUGGAGAAACUCUGCCAGACGUUUCUGAGAGCACAUCAGGCAUUUGUUCAUGAGAUUGGCACAGAUAUUCAGGAGAAGAAUUCUUCACCAUCUCCAAGGGGAAGGAGCUCUAGCGAGUUGUUUUUCGUCGAAAGCUCGGGUCGAUUCAGUCCUGGAACUAGCCCUAAUGUCUCCACAUCAGGCCGUCCUGUUUCAGAGACAAGCUCUGUGGAGAACCCAGACCUGGAUAUAGUGAAGCAAGAGCACCCUGAUCCAGUAACUAGAGAGGAACAUAUGAGAGAGGAGCUUGUAUCACCCGGCACACUAGCCAAGAGGAUGCAGUACCUACCUAACCCAGGCCUGAACAUCAUUGACAUGACACAGCUAUCUCCAACCUACCUAGGAACUCCAUACCCUAGGCCCCUGCUGUUCCCAAGACCCUCUCCUCAGCCUUUUCAUCUCUUUGCUCCAAAACUCAAAGAAAAGAACAAACUGGAAAGCAGCAAUGAAAUCAAUGAAAGCAGAACUGACGAACAUCAUGGGCAGAGCUCUAACGUAUCUGUAGAGACCAAUUUCUCGCAGAAAUCCUCCGAAUCAGUUGGACUAGAACAGUCAAGUGUCCAAGAGCAUCAAUCUCCUGACGAGGUCGAAAACUCAAAGUUAUACAAUGCCUGCUCAAUAUGUCACCAGAAGUUCAACAGCAGCAAAGCCUUGAGCAUCCAUAUGGUACUUCAUGACAGAGGCCUCCAAUCUUAUAUACCAAAGCGUAACAGAAAAGCUAUUUUUCCGCAGAAACAUGAGCACAAAGGUAGUGAAUAUGGGAGCACCCCCGGGGAACUCUUCACAUGUAGUACAUGUGGCAAAAGUUUCAAAGACAACCGGUCACUGAAAUUUCACCGCUACAACCAUGUUUUGCGGCAUGUCUGCCCUAUCUGUGGCAAACGUUUCUCCCGGAGCUGGAAUCUACAGAGACACAAGAAAUCUCACUUCAAGGUGGGCAUGUCAGGAUGGCAGGUCACGUCUGAAAAUUCUGAGGACUUGGCCAGAUCAGAAGACGAGGACGGGGAAAAUCUGAGCAACUCCUUUAAUGAUGAUGAGGAUGUCCGCAUGUCUUCUGCACAAGCAGAGGAUGAACCGGUUGAUUUGACAGAACCGGGCAAAUCCGAGAGAGGAGAACUAUAGGGCCUCCUUAAUUUUUACAAUUCAAACUGUUUAUGUGCAAUGGUUUGUUAUUCUAUUUUGUUGAACUUACCUUUGUUGAUCAACAUUGUGAUAGUUGUCGGACUGUAUUUACCUUAAUUGUCUAUAUAAUCUCAAGCUUCUAUUUUCAUACUCCAGGGCAUUGCGUCCCAAAGAUUUAUUACUGGUACAUAGAACUGUAUACUCCUGUCCCCUAUAUGGCUGGUUCCAUACUAGUAUGCUGUAUUAUACAUAUAAGGUCAUUUUAUUUGUUGCAGACCAAGCUUUUAUAAAUCCCUCAGAAUUGUUUUUCAUUAUGUUAUAGUAAUGAUUGAAAGGACAUGGAUUAAAUAUGAUUUUCACUCAAUAUUUUAAGAAAAUAAGAAUCUUCUUAAAAAAUAUUUAACACUAGAGUCUUUGUUCAUAAUUUAAACAACUGACUAAAUUUCUGGCCUUGUACUAUAUCUAAUGUUGAAUAUUUAAAUUAUAUGCACAAGUUUAUUACUGUGGGGCUGAUUAUGUGAUCACUGAUUAACAAAGUUUUAACUAUUUUCAAAUUGUGCACAUGUAAAUGUGUGCUGAAAUGCUGGCAUUUUGUGACUCCUGUAUAGAUUAAUUAUACUUUGUAUAUAUAUGUGUCAUUAAUGGCUCAUUCAAUGUGGUUGGCAAAUUUCUUGUUUUGUCGUACUUGAGAACAUAUGCAGUCUCUACUUAUGUAUCUUACUUUUGUUAAAUGGCAAAUAAGUUGAUCUGUUCACAAUGUAGCUCUGGUAGAAUUCUUGUUUUACUUUAGACCCUCAUACAUGUUGUCAGUGAUAUUUUCCUGUUAUACAUACAUGUAUAAAUAUAUAUAUCUGUACAAAAUGAAAAAAAAACAAACAACAUUGCAUAUAUUGUUGAAUGGAUAAUAUACACGAUUGUUGAGCGAUAUUUACUCUAUUGUAGCCAUGUUAACAGUUUUCAUAUUCUAAGCAUUGUUAGCAGGUUUUAGUCUUUAUGUUGUUGACAUUGAUUGUUUUGCCAGGUUGAGACACUUAUGAUUUGUUAUGGGAAUAUAUAUUGUUAUCUUUAUCAAUAAAUUUAAUAUUAGUCA